CACCACAGCGCUUUGCCAGGCUCACAUAGUUGCCAGUGCGGGGCGCACACAGAGACUGAGCGGGAAGAAGGCUCCGCCAGUGGAGAACAUGGCUCCUAAGUACAGGAUGAGAGAACUGAAAGACGCUGGAGAGAAAUUUCUACAACAUCUAAAUGACACAGGCAGAAUGAAUGUCACCAGUAAAGAAGAACUGAGAAGUAUCUAUGGUGAAUUCAAAAUACAACAUGGCCGUCUACCAAAUUUUUCUUCUGUUAUCUAUUGCCUUAAAGGGGCAGGAAAAGCUUUCGUAAGUGGAGACUCGCUUCAUCUGACACAGGUUGUAAGGAGAAGAUCAAGAUUGGCUGAUCAGUAUAUAACUAUUCGACAAGACCAGGUACCAUUACCCACUCCGCCUGGUCAGGAUGGGAACAACUGUACAAGAGCAGAAGCACGAAGAAUAAUUCAGUGGCUGAAGGAAAACCGGCAGGAGUUCAUCCAAAGCAAGAAUGGAAUUGUAAUUAAGUCAGGCUAUGAUCUCACAGAUGGUCGGAUAAGAUUUCCCCUGCAAGUCAAUGAACCUAAGACUGUGACUGUUUCUAUUGAGAAUACAUCCGAUGAAGCGGUGACAUUUGUCCAGUACAAACUUCUUCGUAAGAUGCGGGUGUUUUCACUUCAAGAUGAACAACAGAUAUCUGCCGUCAAUACUAAAAAUUUUAAUCCAGGAGAUGUAUAUGAUGUUUCUGUGACGGCUGAAACGGCUUAUUACGGCUAUUUCCCUGUAACUAUUGUAUUUGAAUUCACAAGAGGAAAUGUGGAAUCCAGGGAGAAAUUUCUUAUUGGGAGGUUCAUCUCUGCAGUUUCUAACAGUAGAUUAGCUGAUGACCUGGCACCAACUUCCAGAUACAUUCCCUAUCAAAGGAAUCUUACAAGGACCUUGGAAAGAAUUGAGGAUGAUGGAAUCCAACCUGACAGGUCUGUAGACUAUUCCUUAGAACGGGAGAUUCCACUUGGUAAUUUUCCUUCACCUUCAUACCUGAGAGAAGAUAUAAGAAAAGGACUGUUCUCCAGCAGAAGACCUACAUCGUAUGCAUCAAACGAUGGGAACUUGCUGAUCUCAACCCUAGGGUUUAGCAACUAUCCCGAUAAAUUUCACUUGCUGCUACACCUAGAAGAGAUACAAAUGGAGAUUGACAUCCGGAAAUACGACAAAGAACGACAGACAAUGGAAAGAGACAGAAAUCUCCUAAUCCUUCAUGUGCCGGGGGUAGCUGAAAACCGCCCUUCAGUAUUAAAGGGAGAUCACCUUUUUGUCACGCUGUCAAAUGAACCUGAAUCCCCAUCUAAAGUCAGCUACAAGGGUUAUGUGCAUGGUGUCGAGCUGGAGAGAGUCAGACUUGGAUUUUCUCAAAAUCUUGUGCAGAAAUUUAUUUCAGGAAUGCUGUUUGAUGUCACAUUUACUUUUAACCGCAUGCCGCUGACUGUUCAACACCGGGCAGUUGACUUGGUCAAAAAGAAAAACCUGCAAGAAUGUCUGUUCCCAACUGGAGCACGCCAGCAAUGUAUUGUUAAUACAGACAACCUGAGACUGUAUGACCAAAAUCUUGAGAAUAACCAAGAACAGUACAUGGCAGUAAAGCAGAUUGUAAGUGGAAUCUCCAGACCAGCUCCCUUUCUCAUAUUUGGUCCACCAGGCACUGGAAAAACUGUAACUUUGGUGGAGGCCAUCAAACAGGUGCUAAAGAAUAUCCCUAAGUGCCGUGUCCUUGCAUGUGCGCCAUCGAACAGCGCGUCAGAUCUGAUCUGUGAGCGCUUAAUGAAACACAUAGAUAAGAAAGAUAUUUACAGGAUGAUGGCCAGCAGCAGAGAUUUCCGUUUUGUUCCAAAAAUUAUCAAGCCCUGUUGUAACUGGAAUGAUACAACCCAGGCAUAUGAAUAUCCUUGCAAAAAUAAGCUUAUGGAAUACAAGGUUAUAAUCACAACGCUUAUUACAGCCGGAAGGCUUGUUUCUGCGCAGUUCCCAGAUGGCCAUUUUACCCAUGUGUUUAUUGAUGAAUCUGGACAUGCAGUAGAGCCUGAGUGUGUAACGGCUAUAGCAGGUGUUCUGGAUGUGACAAAAGGAGGGCAGUUGGUUCUGGCUGGUGAUCCACAGCAGCUAGGCCCAGUGUUAAGGUCUCCAUUUGCCAUUGAGCAUGGAUUACGUCUUUCAUUGCUGGAAAGACUAAUGACUCAAAAUCCACUGUAUGGAAAAUCCAAUGGAGCUUACAAUCCUCAAUUUGUCACAAAGUUACUGCUGAAUUACAGGUCCCAUCCUGACAUUCUCUCUGUUCCAAAUGAACUAUUUUACGAUAAUGAGCUCCAAGCCAAGGCUGAUGAAAUGGUCACACGUGCAUACUGCAACUGGGAGAAGCUUCCAAAGGAGAACUUUCCACUCAUAUUCCAUCAUGUGCUGGGGAAAGAUGAACGAGAAGGGAACAGCCCAUCCUUCUUUAAUGUACAUGAGAUAGAGGUUCUGGUGUCUUAUCUCCGUGACUUGCUGGAGACACAAGGAAAGAAAGGCAUAGCCAAAAUUUCUCCCAAAGAAAUUGGCAUAAUUGCUCCUUAUAGAAAGCAGGUGGAAAAAAUUCGGAAAGCCAUUGAUAAAGAAUUCAGAGCUGUAACUGACAUUACAGAUCUUAAGAUUGGAUCUGUGGAAGAGUUCCAGGGUCAGGAACGGAGAGUGAUCCUUAUAUCUACAGUGCGGAGUUCUAUGGAUUAUGUGAAACUUGACGAAGACUUCAGUCUUGGAUUUUUAAAAAACCCUAAGGCAAGUAGGAAGAAGUUUGGCUCAACAAUAUGUGCUGUUCCCAUUAAUGACUUGCUAAAAACAUCACUGAGCUCUGUAAUAGCCUUUUUCUAAUUAGAGCUGUAAAUUUGUGUACUUGGGGUACUCAUG